CCGGUGAUACCAUCUGAACUACAGAUCGUCGUUUCGGACCGGUUGUAGGCUCCGUUUGAACCAGCUGAGCUCUGCUUGUGAGCAUCGAAAAAGUUGAGUGCUCUGAAUUAUACUUAUCCUCCUUGGUUCAACAUUUAACCCACCAUGAGUCUGCGAGAGAUCAGUGAGAAUGUGAAGCUGGCCCGAGAAUAUGCCUUGCUGGGAAACUACAGCUCUGCCAGCGUUCUCUAUCACGGAUUGCUAGAACAAAUCAAGAAGUAUGUGUACACUGUGCGAGACAGCAGUGUUCAGCAGAGGUGGCAGCAGUUGUGGCAGGAAAUCAGUGAAGAGAGCCGACAAGUUCAGGACAUAAUGUCAACUCUGGAGAACUUUCAGCUGGACACAACGCCUGCUAAACCCAGUAACCAUGACGAUUUUGACAUAAGACCUGUGCAUGUGGAGCAGAGGUAUUCAUUCUUACAUUCUCCUUGUCCUGUCAGGCGGGUUUCUAACGUCAACAAAGACAGCAAACCUUCAAACAACCGGCUGAGUGUGGCGGUGCGAGCCCAGCAGAGACACUCGCCUCGUGGGGCCAAUGGGGACAGAAGCAAAGCCUCCAAAGGGAAAGAAAAGAAGGAAGCAAAGGAGGCUGCUGGCAAAUCAAAGGAUGAUAAGAACAAAGCUGACGUGCAGGAGAAAGAAGUGAAAAAGUUUGACGGGACAGGAUAUGACAAAGACCUCAUUGACGCUCUGGAGAGAGAUAUUAUUUCUCAGAAUCCAAAUGUCAAAUGGGACAACAUUGCAGAUUUGGAAGAUGCAAAAAAACUCCUAAAAGAAGCGGUCGUGUUGCCGAUGUGGAUGCCAGCGUUUUUCAAAGGCAUACGUAGACCAUGGAAGGGAGUGCUUAUGGUGGGACCGCCUGGUACGGGGAAAACACUUUUGGCCAAAGCAGUUGCCACCGAAUGCAGAACCACAUUCUUCAACGUGUCCUCAUCGACUCUGACGUCCAAGUACAGAGGGGAGUCAGAGAAGCUCGUUCGCCUUCUCUUUGAAAUGGCACGUUUUUAUGCUCCCACUACGAUCUUCAUUGAUGAAAUUGACUCCAUGUGCAGCCGCAGAGGGAAUUCAGAGGAGCAUGAGGCCAGCCGCAGAGUCAAGGCAGAGCUACUGGUGCAGAUGGAUGGUGUCGGUGGAGCUUCAGAAAAUGAUGAUCCAUCCAAGAUGGUGAUGGUGCUGGCUGCUACCAACUUCCCAUGGGACAUCGACGAGGCUCUGAGGAGACGGCUGGAGAAGAGGAUUUACAUCCCUCUGCCUUCAACUAAAGGCCGAGUGGAGUUGCUCAGGAUCAACUUGAAGGAGCUGGAGCUGGCCACAGACGUGGAUCUGGACAAGAUCGCAGAGCAGUUGGAGGGAUACUCGGGAGCGGACAUCACCAACGUGUGCAGGGAUGCCUCUCUGAUGGCCAUGAGGCGAAGAAUUGAGGGUCUCACGCCUGAGGAAAUCCGCAACAUCUCUCGGGAUGAGAUGCACAUGCCCACCACCAUGGAGGACUUUGAGUCGGCUCUGAAGAAAGUGUCCAAAUCGGUUUCUGCAGUCGACCUGGAAAAGUAUGAAAAGUGGAUCGAAGAGUUUGGUUCUUGUUGAAAAACGCGAGGACGUGAUCGGUCUUUGCUGGAGUGUGUUACUAUGGUUACCCCGAGUUAUAGGAAGGUUGUGAGUGUACGGGUGUGGCUGUAUGUUUUCUAAAUUAAGAUGUUGAUGAAAGGAAGUUGGUUUGUUAUUUUUGGUAAACAAGACGGGCUGUAGUCGUUCAAAUGUUAUAGUUCAAGUACACAACCAAAGUACUAAACUUUGAGUCGGAUAAAACAAGCACUUCAGCUUCAGGACGAUUAAGACCUGAUUGUUUUUUUAAGUCAUACGACUCAUUUUGAAGUUGAGCUGAAUAACUUUCCCCCCCUGGUCUUACCUGCACAAACAGUGUCUGAAAUCACCGUGGCAACAGGAGGCCCGCUCUUUUUGUCACUCUCCCACCACCAGGGAUUAUAUCAUUUAUGCUAAUUAGCUUGUGUUUACUGGUGAUGCAGGGUGUGUGAGGGAGUGAGGGAGGGACGGACCAAGUUUUUCCUGCUGUGUGUUGCCAAGUUAAGCCAUGCAUAUGAGAUGACCUAAAUCAAUCUCCGUCUGUGGGAGUUUUCUAUUAUCAAUAGCGAACGACCUGUCCCGACUUAACUCAUACAGUGUGAGCUCUCAGGUCCGAGAGUGUGAGUACAUGAAUUGUGAGCUUUGGUUGUGCGUCGUAAUGAAAUAAUAAUAAAAAGCCCUACCUUGUCAGUGGCAAAAACACAAGCUUUUAGUGAACAUGAUUUAUACUUUGAUCGGUAGAAUUCGACCUGAAAGAUUAUCUCGCAGCUGCAGCUUGUGAACGAAACAAUCUACUGGAGCGAUUCACAAACAUUCUUCCAGGUUUGAAAAAGAGACAAUGGGUCUUCACUCUGAUUGACUUAGGUCAACGAGUUAAACCGGUAAAUUAGAGAAACCAAGAUUCCUGAUUUCCAGAGAGGACAACCAAAGUGUCACAAAUCAAUCAAAUGAGACACCUGUUUGUUUGUUUGUUUGUUUGUUUGAUUGUGUUUUGAUGCCUUGGAUUUUAUUUGUGGUUUGCUGAUGUAAAUACUUUUGAACAUUAACAAAAUAAUUCUCUAAAUAAAGCUGACAUUGAUCAUAAACUUUAA